UAGACCCGAAACGCCACCCAUUCCUUCUCUCCAGAGUUAUAGCCUGUCCCGCUGAGUUACUCCAGCAUUUUGUGUCUGUCUUCGGUUUAAACCAGCAUCUGCAGUUGCUUCCUACUCGGGGUGUUUCAUCCUCACGCUGUGCGUUCGUUCCCCGAGUGGUGCUGCGAGUCUAGUGCCGAACACCCGCGAUACUGCAAGAGUUCAGCAGCACUGCGGAAGUGAAACUGCCACGAAUCAACAUGGCUUCAAAACAACAGCUUGAGAGUUUAAGGGAAGAUCUAAUUUGUCCCAUCUGUUUAGACUUAUUCACCGAUCCGGUGUCACCAGACUGCGGCCACAACUCCUGCCGCUCCUGUAUCACGCAGUUAUGGGGACAUGAAGAUAGAAACUCCUGUCCGGAAUGUAGAGAGGUAUUUGCAGAGCGCACCCUCAGGGUUAGUCGGGCCUUUGCUAGUCUGGCUGAGAAAGCUCGAACACUGAACCUGCAUCUCAAAGAGAAGGAAAGUAAACUUCACUGCGAGAAACAUCUGGAAGAACUGAGGCUGUUUUGUGAAACGGACAAGAAACUGAUCUGUGUGAUUUGUGCAGCUGGGCGGGAACACAAGUCUCACAGCUUCAUGCCGGUCGAUGAAGCUGUUGAAAUCUACAAGGCUGAGAUCAAAUCUUCCUUAGAAUCUCUCACUCAAAAUAAAUUGGCGUUGGAACAAAUGGAACAGCAACAGAAGGAGAAGGUUUGUGGAGUUCUGAGUCGAAAUCUAGAACAGAUUUAUUCUCCGUAUUGCAUUGUAAUAAUAUCUGUCUUUCCUUUGCCAGGAACAGUCACAGUAUCUGCAGUCCCACAUCAGGUCCCUGUUUGCUGA